UUGUUAUACAGUCAAGAUGGAGAGUAAUUUUACUGAAGUUUUAACUAUGACCGAUAACUCUACCAUGUCAAUGCCUGGUGUUCCAGAAUCUCUGGAAACUACUCGAUAUAUUGUACAGAAAAUACUAGUGCCCUUUGUAGCAGCUAUUGGUUUAUUAGGGAAUUCCCUUAAUGUAUUUGUAUUACGUCAUCCAUUUAUGAAGGGAAUUUCUACCAAUUUUUAUUUAUUUAUUCUGUGUUUAGCCGACAUAUUUUACUUGAUUUUAAGUCUUUCAUUGUCCUUUAAACAUUGUAGUGACACCGAUCAGCAUAUAUCAGCAUUCUAUUUCAUAGUUUAUGCUCGCCCUUUAACUGAUUUAUCGGGCAAUAUCGCGGUCUGGAUAACCGUAGCUUUUACUAUCGAACGAUAUAUCGGGGUUAGACUUCCGAUGAAAGGUAAAAUAUGGUGCACUGUUCGUAAAGCGAAAAUCGUUUCAUUCGUAAUUUUUAUAUUUUGCUUAGUAAAUACAUUUCCGGAAUUUUUCGAAAUGGAAAUUAUUACAAAUCAACAUGGCCACCUUCGAUGUGAAUACACAACGUUCGCACAGCAUUCAAACUACCAAAUUGGAUACUACUGGUGGUUCGUGACUAUAUUCACGUUUGUUCCCUUCUCUUGUUUAUUUUUGUUUAACGGCUUGUUGAUCCGAUCUUUGUUAGAAGCGAAGAAAUGUCGUAAACUAUUAUUAAAAUGGGAAAGUAAGCAGGCGAGUUUGAAAUACAAACGAGAACAACACAAAGUGACAUUAAUGUUAAUAACCAUAGUGAUAAUAUUUCUAUUGUGUCAGUUGCCAUGGACGAUUCUGUUGUUAUAUCGGACAUAUUUAUCCGAACGGGAUCUACAGGAACCAAUCAACGAUAUCCGAAUAGCCGGAAACGUAUGCAACCUCCUCGUCCAACUAAACGCUUCCGUUAAUUUCUACCUGUAUUCUUUUUUCAGUAAAAAAUUCCGAAAGACUCUAAAGAGGAUAUUUUGUGUGUGGAAAUUUGAUACGGAGCCAACAUCCAUUGUAUGAUAAUGGAAUUCGUGUGUUGUACCGGUAGAACGAAAACUAUCCCUUCAACAUCGUUGGCAAGUUGUUUAUGUGCUCUCUAUCGUGGUCGUGUAUGUGUCAGGCCAACAACACACUUAGAAAAUUAAACAUCUUUUUAUGUUAGAUAAGAUCAGUCGGGGUCAGGUGUUCAAAUUCCUACGAAUACAAACUGGAAAUCGUGUGUAUGUCAUGACGGAAGGUAUGCUUCACGCUACAUAUUAAUGAUCCUUGGAACAUUUUCAACAUCUUGACAUCAAAAGAUCAUUCGAAAACAGCCGAUUUGAUGAUUUACCGGGAACUAUUUUUAGCACACAAUGUGAGUGAUUCGACUAAAUACGCUCAAUUCCUGAAGAAACGCGAGUUUGAGGCGCCAUCUUGGAUCUUUGUGAAGCGACCGACGGAAGGAUGCAUCACGUGACAUUCGCAGAUAAACAACAAAGGGUAAACUUAUCUCUGGGAACCUGGGUUGCAAUACUUGAGAAAAGCAAGAACGAUUUCGCACUUUCCUCAUGGAUAGGGUUCUUAUUAAAUAAUUAUCUCUUAAUCACAAAUCCAUAUACUUUAUAGCUGUAUAAACUCUUUGGUCGGCGUUUUUAAAACUUAGUGAAAAAGUCUUACAAGAAUUUUGCAUUUUUUUGUCUUAUUUUAUUUAAUCAAUAUUAAUUUAAACUGUCGAAUAUCUUUGAUAGAGAAAAUAUUCUAUUUCGUGUCCUUCAUUAUUGAAGUCAAUAUGAGUUGUUUAUUGACAAUACAAGUUUGCCUUGAUCUUAUAUUCUUAACCUGUUUUAUCUUUUGUUUGUUCGAUUGGGAUGGUGUGUAGUUGGGUAUACAUGUAAUUUGUUACUUUUCAGAUUGUCCGUUUGUCUGUUUGGUCUUGUUAUUUAGAGGGCAAUAUUGGUGCCAGUCAUUAUCACAUAUGUGAUAGAACUGGUUAAACACAGAGAUCAUUGCUACGAUAGAUGCGUAAUCAAUGCUUGAACAAUCGGAA